AUUCUCCAAAUUUGGUAAACUUUGCCAUAAAUGGAUAUACCGGAUGGCGGGAAAUCGAAAGGCUUGGCGACCGCUCAGGCGAAGUUUUCCCACUGAUGUGGACGAAGAGCGGAAGAAAUAACUUGUCAAAUUAUAACCUAACGCAACAUGCGCAAGGCUAGGCCAGGGAAAAGGAAGGCGCCCACCACCAGUGCACCUGUACCCGUGAAGAAGCAACCUCGUAAGCCCCGAGGAAUGGUUGAAUUGCCACCAGGAAUCGUCUUGACGGAUCUUACCAAGAAAAAGUGGCGGUUGGGAAGGUUGUUAGCAUGGGGUGGCUUUGGAGCACUUUACUUAGCUUCCCCUGACAGUGGAUCACCUGUUAAUGAAACUGCUGAACAUGUUGUUAAAGUGGAGCCACAUGCAAAUGGCCCUUUAUUUACAGAACUUGCAUUUUAUCAGCGUGUGGCUAAACCAGAACUAAUAAAAAGCUGGUGUCAGUCACGGCAUCUAAAACAUCUUGGUGUCCCAAUGUUUUUGGGAUCUGGAUCAUUUGAACAUGGCUCCAGGAAGCUGCGAUUUCUAGUUCUGGAGCGGUUUGGGAAGGACGUUGACGAGCUUUUCCUAAGCAAUGACCGAAAGUUUGAUGUGACAACAGUGUUGAUGCUUGGUCUAAGAGUUAUUGAUGCUCUGGAGUACAUCCACUGUCACGAAUAUACCCAUGGAGACAUUAAAGGCUCAAAUCUCAUGAUGGGAUUCUCAAAGUCAAAAUCUGGUCAAGUGUAUUUGCUGGACUAUGGUCUUGUGUAUCGGUUUUGUCCUGAUGGGAAUCAUAAAGAAUAUAAAGAAGACCCUAAAAGAAAACAUGAUGGAACAAUAGAGUUUACCAGCAGAGAUGCACAUAAUGGUGUAGUCACCUCUCGCCGCAGUGACUUGGAGAUUCUGGGUUUUGUGAUGCUACAGUGGUUGUGUGACAGACUUCCUUGGGAAAAAAAUCUUCAGAAUAAGGAAUAUGUGAAGAAUGAAAAGGAUAAGUAUAUGAAAAACAUUCCAAAAUUAAUGAGGGACUGUUUUCACGACAAUCAUCAAGGUGAAGUUGAGAUACAGAAGUACCUGGAAUACAUCAACUCACUGAAAUAUGAAGAUGAACCAAACUAUGAAUACAUUCGUAAGCUGUUUAGAGAUGGCCUUAAAAAGAGGGGAUGUACAGAUGAUGGAAAGAAUGUAAAUUUCACAAAGGUGAGCUCAGCCACUGCAGAUCUUUGCAAUGGUUAUAACUCAGAAGAAAAAGAGACCAGGGAUAAUGCUGCAAAAAGAACAUCUCCAAGGAAGCGUAAGUCAGAGGACACAAGUGUGUCUCCUACAGCUAAGAAAUCUAAAGCCAGCCCAGGGAAAAAAGUCAUAGCAAGUAGAGGAAGAGCUCCUUCCAAACAACAAGCUGAAGCUGCCAGACCAAGAGCUGUUAGAGGAAGUCAAAGAAAACCAAUUACGGUUGAUUCAGCAACUUCACCAUAAGCUAGUUGUGGCCUAUGCUGAAUAAAUAGGAUCAUUUUGUGUUAUUUUUCUCCCUGACAAUCAGUGUUGUUGGGAAUAAAUAGCAAAGGCAACAGGACUGUGCCCACCACAUCACAGCAUUAAAAAAGCGUGGGUGAAAUGGAAGGGGUAAACUGAUUUCAUUUAAACAUGGGACAAGAUGUAGAAUGUGCCAUACAAACAGCAAACUUUUCAUGUACUCAAAUGUACCAGACUCAAGUAUAUUAGAACAUAACAACUUACAAAUGAUAUUGAAAUUACCAAGUACCAUGAUACAUGGUUAAUUUACCUAGAUCAAAUAAAAUAUUGUCAUCAGAUUUAGUAGCAAGAGAUGUCCAGAAAUGCAUAUAAUAUCAAAAAUGGUGAAAUUUCAUCACAAUCGUCAAAUCCAUGAGGCUGAUUUUGCUUUGACAGAUUUGACUAAAAUUUGUCAAACAGUCAAUUCUGCUAAACUGAUUUUACUUUGACAAAUUUGCUGAAAUUUGCCAAAAAUGUCAAAUUCAUGAACAUUCACUCGGUUGGACGAUUUUAGCAAAAUUUUGCCCUUUUAGUUACAGCAUACAUUUUUGGAUAUAAGUGUUAGUAGCCUACCAUGAAAACACUACGAGGCAAAGGUUAAAUUUCAUUUUAGAUUAAGACAGUUAUUUGAUUACAGCUUUGUUUAUUAUGGUGUUUGGUGCCUGAGAAACAAAUAGCUGGCAACACUGUGUCAUCCUGAUGUAUGGUGGUGUAAAUAUUAUUUCAGUACAUGUUAUGUACUGGUACUUAAGUAAAGUUCAUCUUGUAAGGCAGUGAAGUAAAUAAUAAAGUAAUGCAUGGUAUUAA